AUGCCUUCAGUGCUUGAAGAUCAAUGGACUCUCCUGCAGGACAGCCAUCCCAAAGUACACGUCCACAUCUACCUACAGGAUGCAGUGCCAAACAUUGCAUUACUGGGUUCUGGAGGAGGACAAAGAGCCAUGGUGGGUUUGCUGGGAUCCCUGGUUCAGCUUGAUAAAGCGGGUCUUCUGGACUGCAUCCUUUAUCUGAGCGGAGUCUCUGGAUCCACCUGGUGCAUGGCCUCCUUAUACCAAGAACCAAACUGGUCCACCAAACUAGAGACCGUUAAGGACCAAAUCAUCAAGAGACUCACCGGUCCAGGAGUCAUCUGGGGAGACUCAUGUAAAACACUGAAGGAAUAUUAUGAUGGUAAAGACAAAUUCAGCUUGACAGACGUCUGGGCAGUGUUGGUCAUCACAGAAUAUGUGAAAGAGAUUGACAAAUGCAAACUCUCAGAUCAACGGGACCAGCACAAUGAAGACCCGUUUCCCAUCUACACAGUGACUGACAAGCAAUACAAACAGAGCAAAGAUGAGAAAGACUCCUGGUUUGAGAUCAGUCCACAUGAAGCAGGUUAUUCCCUCACUGGAGCUUUUGUGGGAACCUCCAGCUUCGGCAGCCAGUUUGACAACGGCUCAAAUAAAAACCCUGAGCCUGAAAUGGACAUGCUGUACCUGCAAGCUCUGUGUGGCAGCGCUUUAGCUGAUGGACAUGAGAACAUUAAAUUCAUCUGGCAAAAAAUAAAAGAUUUCUUUAAACAUUUAUUUCCUAUAAUGCAAUCGGAGAUGUUUGAUGAAAUGAGGAAAGAUUGUUAG